GGGGGGGAUCCUCGGCGGGUCAGCAGCCUGCAGCUGGCCGGGGAUGAGCGCUGACAGGCGGACUGAACUGCACCCAAAGCCGCCUGCCCGCCUCCUCUCCCGGCCUCCAGCCUCCGCAGGCAUUCGGUGAACUUUAAUUUUUGCGCACUUGCUUUCUUCCGUUUUUCCAUGUCAUUUCCUGUGAUAAAAAAUGGUGGUCACAGCUCGGGGGAGGCGACUGAGUCGGUGCAAAAAUUAACGCCAAACUUGUGAUCUGCGGGCAGCGGCGGAGCCAGCGGACGGGGGAGGGGGCAGAGAGCGCGGUUCAUCCCGGGGAGAGGCUCCCAGUCCCCGCUGCGUGUCUGCACGAAGGUGGGUCCGUGUCGGUGGCCACUGUGGCCAGUGAAAAUGGCUUCCGAAAACUGCAGGCAGAUUGCCAGCUGCCUGCAGAUUGAAGCGGAGAAAGCGUGGCGCAGAUCCGAGCCCGAACGCGCUCUCUGCGGUAACCCACUCCUGUCGGCCGCUAACCUGCGCAAAGUUAAAGGCAACUUUAGUCUGCGGCGUUCACGUGUCCAUGGACCUCGCAGCGUACGUUCAGAGUUUCUUUGUCGGAGCUUCGUGAAGCCACGGAGGGGCAGAUCCGUCCGAGACCCACACACUGAUCCCCGGCAUCUGUCCCUGAUCGAUGCCGUAGAUCAAUACUUGAUCACACCCACAGCUGCUUUGUAUUUCAGUCUGAUAAUCCCGUGUUCUUAUCACGCAGGUGAUUGACUGUUAUCUUUCCAGGUAGAGUGUGGCUGUAGCAGGGUUAUUAUGGGAUGCAUGAAGCAGCAGCAGGACCCUUCAGAGUGUUUAUUGCAGGCUCUGCAGCUUUGCAUGAUUCACUGUUCAGAAUAAUCCUUCUUUGUGUUACACUGGCCCUGCUCCUGUAUUCUCUGACAGAACGCUUUCGUCUGAUUGGCCAGCUUCUGUAAGCUUCUGUUUGUUUUGUGACAGUAUAACCGGGACGUGUAGGUGCAUCAGCAGCGCUCAGGCUAAAAAAUAAAUCAGCCGCUGGGUCGGAGAUGUUGGGAAAAUUUGCUGAAAAUCAUUAUUGGGUUCCAUGUUUGAACAAUACCGUUACAUAGAGAAUAUUCUCAGCAGUCCACAUAUGCAAACGUCUUUCAGGUUAGUCUUGAGAAGUCAAGCACACCCAGUUUUUUCUUUUUUUAAAUUUAUUCUCAAAAAUGCACAUUUUCCCCUGAGCUUUACCCCAGUCACCGGGACGAUGCCUCAGAGGUCAAGUCUGAGGCACACGCUGUUCGUCCAGCUCAAGUUUCUGCUUUUUUCUCUUAUUAUUAGAAAACGAUUCCAGGAAAUGAGCUUUUGUUUUGGUAUGAAACGAACAUUUGGAUCCAGAAUGAUUCCCGCGCUCGAUGACGGAGCGGCGGCGCGUGGGACUCCCGCAGCACUUUGAUGACACGUAGCUGGUGUGGAGAAAUGUGAACGAUACAAAGAAACGCUUAAACCACGUUUCAGUCUGAGAGCUCAUACCUGUGACCUUCACCUGUCCCCGAUUCUGAAAAACGGAGCUUCAGUUUGUGAAGAGAAACACGAACGGGUGUGACGUGGACGACGGACCGGAUUUCACCAUCAUGGUUCCACCAUGAGCGAGAACUCGCUGGACCUCUGGUUCUGUGAGGAGUGUCAGGACUAUUUCCAGAAGGAGUGUCCGUCUCACGGGCCCCCACUGUUCGUCCGGGACACGCACGCAGCCCCGGGGACGGCCAACAGGGCGGCGCUCACGGUCCCAUCGGGUUUAGAGGUGUUCAGCGAGGGAGACGAGGUAGAUGUUCGCUGCGUGGACGCGAUCUACCCGAAGGGGGCGCUGUUUGGGCCGUAUGAGGGAGAGCUGGUGUCCAAGGACAGAUCCUCAGGAUUCUUUUCAUGGAUCAUUGUUGAUGUGCACAACACUUACCAGUCCAUCGAUGGCAGCGAUGAGACCAAAGCCAACUGGAUGAGGUACGUGCGGACCUCGUUGGAGGAGAGCGACAGGAACCUCACGGCGUUUCAGCACGGUAAAAACAUCUACUUCAGAGUCUGCCGGGCGCUGGCGGCCGGAGAGAAGCUGAGGGUCUGGUACAGCGACGAUUACAUCAGACGACUUCACUGCGUUUCUCAGGAGAGCAUCGACCGCAACCUGGACACAGGUCCUGGGAAAGACUUCAAGUCCCCGUGCCUGCAGUCAGCUCUGCAGGGCAAACUGAGCAAACAGCCGAGCGAAGAGUCCGACGGUCAGCCUCCGGCCAAGAGAAAGAAGAUCGACCUCAUCUUCAAAAACGUCCUAGAAGCUUCUUUGGAGGACUCUGGUAAAUUCAGGUUCCGGUCUGGCCAAACCAGCGAGUAUAAAGUACCAGCCCUGGUUUCGGGGUUUGAUUCCUCUGAGAGCGGCUUUGGCGUUCCCAACCUGAAGGUGGAAGAGAAGGAGGAGGAGAACCAGAGCACAGAGAAACCCUCCACCUCCUUCUGCCCCAACUGUGUGAAGCUGAAGAGGAGGAUCCUGGAACUGGAGGAGGAGCUGUCCCGUCUCCGAGGAGAACAGGGAGACGCUGCUGCUCCGGCGACGUCCGAACAGACUCAACGCAAUCAGGCCCCACCGCACCCCGAGCAAGGCCCCAUCGAGGAUUUUCAAGGGAUGGAGCCCUUGACACCCACUCAGGUGGUUCUGGACGAAGACGAGCAGGACGUGGACUCUGCCGAUGAGUCCAUCGCUGCAGAUCUUGUGAUAUCUCCCGAGGACUCGUCGAAGCUUUCCUCCGCAGGAGGCAGACGGAUUCGACGCUUCAAGCAGGAGUGGCUGAAAAAGUUCUGGUUCCUCCGUUACUCGCCAACCCUGAAUGAGAUGUGGUGCCACGUGUGCCGCCAGUACACCGUCCAGUCAUCCCGCACCUCAGCUUUCAUUAUCGGCUCCAAGCAGUUCAAGAUCCACACCAUCAAGCUGCACAGCCAGAGCAACCUCCACAAGAAGUGUCUGCAGCUGUACAAGCUGCGCAUGCAUCCGGAAAAGACCGAGGAAAUGUGCAAGAACAUGAUGCUUCUCUUCAACGCAGCGUACCACCUGGCCCUAGAAGGGCGGCCCUUCUCCGACCUCCGUUCAUUGGCAGAGCUCCUGAAGAAGUGCGAGCUCAAAGUGGUAGAUCAGUAUAUGAAUGAAGGCGACUGUCAGAUCCUAAUCCACCACAUCGCCCGGGCUGUGAAGGAGGAUCUCGCAGAGAAGAUGCGUCUGUCUCCCUUCCUGAGCGUCAUAAUGGACGCCCAAAACGAUGACCUUUUCUCCGACAUGGUGGCGGUCUACGUCCAGUUCGUUACCAACGAGGGCUCCCCAAACACAGAGUUCCUGUCCUUGCAAAGACUGACCGUGGCCAAUGUGGAUGGGUAUCUCCAGGUCAUGGAUCGUGCCUUUGGUGUCCUAGGCCUCCGGUUUCAGGACUUGCUGGUGGUCGGUUUGGGGGUGGACGGCACCAACAUCUCUUCAGGAAUGAGAGCAAACCUUUAUAUAGCUGUCCAAAAAACCUUUCCCUGGAUCCUCUGUCUUCCCAUCAUGAUCCAUCGACCACAUCUGGAAGUUCUGGAUGCCAUCAGUGGAAAGGAGCUCUCCUGCCUGGAGGACCUGGAAAACAACCUCAAACAGCUUCUCAGUUUUUACCGCUACUCCCCUCGCAUGAUGGCCGAACUGCGAUCCACUGCGCCAACACUGUCAGAGGAGACGGAGUUCCUAGGAGACAUCAGAGCCAUACGCUGGAUCAUAGGAGAGCCCAACGUCCUUAAUGCGCUCAUCAAGGAUUACCUGGAGGUCGUUGCACACCUUAAGGAGAUCAGUAGCCAGACACAGAGGGCUGACGCUGCGGCCAUCGCGCUCACCCUCCUCCAGUUCCUCAUGGACUAUCAGUCAGUGAAGCUCAUCUACUUCCUGCUCGACAUCAUAGCUAUCCUGUCACGAUUGGCCUUCACCUUUCAGGGAGAGUACCUGCUGGUGUCGCAGGUGGAAGCCAAGAUAGAGGAGGCCAUUCAGGAGAUAGGCCAGUUGGUGGACUGCCCCGGAGAAUAUCUGCAGGAGUUUGAGGAAAAUUUCAGAGAAAGUUUUAACGGAGUUGCCUUGAAGAACCUGCGCGUUGCAGAGUCCAAGUUUCAGUCCAUCAGAGAAAAGAUCUGCAACAGGAGCCAAAGCAUCCUGUCUCAGAGGUUGGACCUGCAGAGCUGCUCAUUUGCCAAAGCCUGCAAGGUGCUGGACCUGUCCACCUGGCCCAGCAACCACGAGGACCUGCAAGCCUACGGGGACGAGGAAAUCAAGAUUAUAUUCAACCACCUGGAAUCGAUUCCCACCGCAGCCCAGGAGGUCUCCCAGACGGAGGCCAGAGGCAGCCUGGUGGUGGAGUGGAAGGAUCUGAAAGCAGACUACUACAGUAUGAACGGUUUUAAAGAGGUGAUCGGCCACAUCUGCAGGUACAAGCAACGCUUCCCGCUGCUGAACCGCAUCGUGCAGGUCGUCAGGGUCCUGCCCAGCUCCACGGCCUGCUGCGAUAAGGGCCGAGGGUCUCUGCAGAAAAUGUGCAAGAACAACCGCUCCCGGCUGACCCUGGAACAGAUGAACGAUCUGCUGACCGUGGCUGUUAAUGGACCGCCCAUCGCAAACUUUGACGGGAAGCGAGCAUUGGACAGCUGGUUCGAGGAAAAGUCCGGCAGCAGCUACUCGCUCUCGGCUGAGGUGUUGAACAGGAUGUCGGCGGCUGAUCAGAAAUGCGUGCUGCACAGCGUUGACGUCAACGCAGAAUUCUACCCUGAUGUGUAACAUGCAGAUCCUGUGCUGCUGAAAGAUGUGGUGUGCAGCCAAACAAGGGUAGACGCUGAAUUCAGAAAAGCCGUGACGUCACAAUUACUGCCACCAAAUUCAGCUGGAAGAACAAAAGCAGCCAAUCGGUGUGAAGAGGCAGAAAAUCAAACAUCCCAAAAAUUCCACUAAAAACUCAAGAAAACCCAAACGAGCCAUGUGAGCGCGUCUUGACCUUCAGUGGCCUUUGGCUCGUUCAGUCAUCAGGUUCUGGGAACACUUUCUGCACGGCCACCAAAAUGUUUGUUGUGAAAUUUUAGCUUCAUAUAUCAAAAAUGUUUCAACAUGUAGGAUUUUUAAAAUGGCUCUGUAGACUUACUUCCAGCAGCUUUUAUCUUUUUUUGCAGUUUGAAAUCUGAGGCCAUGUUUGAAUAUGAGUAUCUCCAAAACUGUUAAAUGUUAAACAUACAAGUAGUGGGACUCUCCAACAUUUGCUCUCAGAGGUGAAACGUCUGGAAACCUGGAGGCCAGUCGCUUUUCUUUGCGAGCUCCUUAGACGACCGUGACCUGGUGAGAACCUUCACAGACAUAAUGAUAUAAAACUUUUCAUAUGAGAAAUAAACUUAGCAAAGCAAUUAAGACUUGUGAAAAGGGGAUUUCUAGCUCAUUUCCCAUGAUUGGCAGUCGGAUACAAGACAAACAUGACCUCAUAGUGGGUGAAAAUAAAUAUUUAACAUAUUAAGCUAAAGUUUCACAGCAAUCCUUUUACAUGUCCAAACUUUUGAUCGUGAGACCUUUGGACAAAUCGAAGGUGGUCGAGCCGAGAGCCCACGGCGACUGAGAUAGACUGAAGAAGCGUUUCUCCACAGAGCUUCAGCCUGCAGUCUGCUCGUUCUGCUCGUGAACGUACGAAAGCUCAUCAUCAGCUGCAUUUAAAGGAGCUACAGAAACACACGUUAUGAAGAUGAAGGCCUCUGCAGACCAGAGAAAAUGUCACAUGACCUUUUAACAUCCACCAGCUCAACUGGAAAUCUUACUAAGACGAACUCCGAGUCAGACUCUCUGUAAAAGGCCUGAUCUGACUGCUAUGGUAUUCUGGUCUCUGUGUGAAUGGGUUGCAACCUAAUCUCGACCCAAGUGAACAAAAAUGACCGCAAAGUGCUUCAAAACGUCCCAAAUCGAUGCAAAACGACGUCCAAAAGGCUCCGAGAGACCCACGACCUCCACGGAGACACAGACUCACCACCAAGAAACAAACGUCCACAGGGAGGCGGCGAAACAAGAAGCACAAAAACAAGCGACGGAAGACGAGCUGAGCGUGUGCCGUUGUGUUGCUUUCACGUGUCCGUGCUCGGCUGGGAGCCUCCCGCUCCGAGCUGCGCUUGUUCCAUGUGAUAAUGAAGCGCUUGUUGCCACGAUAACAGACAGUUUCACAUCGGGAACAAUCGUUGCUCUCUGCUUUAGCUCAUCUGCCAGCAGCUUAUUCAGUGUUGUGCCUGACAGGAAUGAAAAGCUGGAGUGUGGGGAUGUAUAAAGGCUUUAUAUUUCUAUUAGAAAUGCCCUGCUGCACACGGUCUAUACUGUGGUGACUGUACAUACUGUAAAUGCUGCCAAGCCUGUUUUUAAAGGACAGUGUUUUUCUCUUGAAUUGGAUGAUUGUGCCAAAAUGAUCGAAUGCGAAGAAAAAGGUGCUAUCCUGCGACGCCACGCUGUACUUUUGCCAUAUUUGUUCAGUCUUUAGUGCAGCCAAUGAUCUAUUUUAUGUUCCUGAUGCCAUUUUCCACUGAUGUUCUGCAGGAGCAGUUCAGCUUCGGCCAAAGCUUCAGAGGCGUUGUAACAGCUGCAUGAUCGACUGCUGCUUUCAGCUCCUUCCUAAGCCUGUGUUUUAUAAUUAUUAUAAAGGUUUUUUUGCUCAUGUUUAAUGCAGAAAUAAAUAUGCCAUGAUGGGAAUGAUCA